AUGGCAAUUCCCCGGGCCGAACCUCUUCAUCCUGCUAUCGCUCCUGCCCUUCUCCACGCCGAUCCCCACGCUGUCACGCAACAGUCAUCUGUGCCUAGCUCCCAAGAAAGUAUCGAGCCGCGGCGCUUGACUAGGGUCGACUUCACAGUAGAAUACCGCGAAGAACUUCUGGAAGAUUCACGGCAAGAAACUUGUCUGCGGCGCAAGCGACCGGAAGAAGAGUGUUCUCACGCUACCCCCUGUCAACAUCGUUUUCAACUAGCAGCCGUUAGAGGCCCGUCAAUAGAGAGACAACCUCUCUCUUUUUCCUCCUGCAUCAGGACCUCGUUCAGCGACAUCAACAUCUUCGCCUCGUCCCCCCAGACGAGACCGCCAGACGCUAUGAGGACGGAAACGCUCAUGCUCAUGGCGAGCGACCUGCUCAGCAGGGUCGCUGCGCCUGCCUGCUUCAAACUUCAAUCUCACUCGGCCUCUUUCAACCAGACAAUGGUCUCGUGGCUCACGGAUCCCGAUCUUCAACUCCCCAGUGGCAGUAUUGUCGGCUUGUGCUGUUCGAGCUUGUUGGGGUUGCAAUUCCAGGAUGAGACUGUUGGCGAGCAAGGGUUAAUUGUAGAUUUCCAACGGUUUUUGCUCGCGACGACGCUGGUGCAGAGUGGAUGGCACGGUGACAGGCAGUCCACGAAGCUCCGUGAUAUCACAGCGGCGGCGCAGAUUUCGGGAUGCCGGUUGAUCAAGCGCCUUGAUCGGAUACUCACCCCUCAAUUCCUGGCGUGCUGCGAUCGUGAAUCGUGCCAAGUGCUCUUUCUGCUUGUCCUAGGGACUGUUCUGGGAGUCGGGUAUUACUCACCCACAAGAAUGGCCGAGUUCUCUCCGUCCUUCCUCCUGAACUCGCUUACCCCUGAGUCACAACGCAGUCCGACUCGGUGGAUUGCCAUGAAGGCGCAGCUGUGCAAGAUGCUAGCGCAUCACCUUAUCUUCAUUGGUUCGAUGCUGGGCAUUGAGCUCGAUAAGGGGCUGGAGCAGCGCAUCAUUGAUACGGCGACUAUGAGGUGGAAUAAGGCCGAGUUGUUUGUGUGGGGAGAGCUGCAGAUGAAGUCGAACGAGCAGAUUCCGCCGGAUGUUUUUGGGCUAUCGGGGUUUUCGUCGAAGAGGAAAAGUGAUGAAUGUGGAGGAAGCAGUCGGGCGGGACCUUUGGGAGGCAGCAAAGAUCCGAUAUGGGCGGAUCUCCCGAACCCCUUAAUCCCGGUUCCCGUACUCGAUCAGGUCCCGCCGCCAACAGUUUUCCCGGCAACUGUUGAACCGCAACAGCAGCAAUGGUCAGACAAUCCCCAGUCGUGGUACGCUAUGUUCGAUCAGCCAGACAGCACACCGAAAGAGGCUCCUCCUCACGAAGAGCCUCACCGGCCAAUCACAUCUUCAUCUCGGUCAUUGGAACCAGAGUUUCUUGUUGGUAGAAACGCCGGUCAGUAUGGAUUGUCCGACCGUUCUAUGCAGGACCCGAAUACGGGCCAAUCAGCAUUCAUGCCCGGUUAA